AUGGAUGAGCAGCGUGCGUCCUCCCUUGAGGAGGAAGUGCAUCAUGGCAUUGAUGUUAUAGUGAAGCUUACACAGUUUAGUGGCUCUGAAAAGAGCAUUGAAACACUAAUUAAUAAAGAAAUUGAGAGGCUUGAAAAGCAGCAUAAAGACUGUGAAAACUGUCAAAAGUCUCAUCCCUCUUCUGACUGUCCCCAGCAUAAGAAGCUUGAGGAGCUUAGAAAGAAACUUGAGACAUUGCAACAGAAUAAUAAAAAUAGUCCACGUGAUUUAUUAAAUAACCUUUGCACAGGCCUCGAAAAAUUUCUCGGCUACGAGAAUGGUAAUUACACCGGAGAGGGAAUUGUGUACUCGGACCUUGACAGGCUCUGCGACGGGGUGAUGGCGUUCCUUCAUGGUGUUCUUAAUGAAGUUCAUAAAAAUAAUAACCUUUCGCCUUAUAAAGAGACUUUAAAAGAUGCUGUAACACUUUUAGAAAGUAAGCGCUAUGAAGGCAAAACAGGUUUGCAUACUGUGAUUGACGAUGUCAAGAGGGGGAUUGAGAGGUGGUUGGAUGGUGUUAGUGCGUCGAACAAUAAUCUUAAGAAACCGUUAAAUAUUCUUCAUGAGAAUAUAAAUGCGUACUUUAACUAUUUCAAUGCUCUGAAAGAUGAUAAGAACUACAACACGGAGGAAAGUAAUUUGAAUUCUUCUAUCAAGUCCCUCUAUCAGCUUACUACAGAUAUUGAUUAUGCUUCUAACGCAGUUGCUGUGUUAGAUCAAAACCUCCAAAAAGAUUUACUUCCACACGUCACCCUUAUUAAAGACAGAGUGGACGCUUUCGUGGACUCCACUAAGCAGGAUCACGAGGGGCUUAAGGAGGUGUGUGGGAAGGUGGAUGAGCAAACAAAAAUUAUUAUAGACUAUGCCCAUGGAGUGGGGAGGGAAACUAAACGAAAUGUUGGCAUUUACUUGGAAAAGUGUGAAAAUCUCCUCCAGCAUCUUAAGGAAACGAGUGACAAGCUUGAUAGGACACGUGCAGAUGCUUAUAGGGGAGAGUUGAAGUGGCUGAAGACUUCGGCGUCCGCAGCAUUGAGUACAGCGCUAGGGAAUGCAGAUAAGGUGAAUCAGCUCGAUAAGCAGAUUAAGGGGGAUUUAGAUUCUAAGACUCAACAAGUGUGGUUACAGUCAAUGGCUCUCAACAUUUCGACACUGCAGAGCGGUAUUGAACAAUUGACGCCAAAGAUUAAUGAGGCGAUUGGAAAUCUUUCUGAAAUUAUCGGUGAUAAGUCAAAAACAACUGUUGAAGGGUUCGUGGGAAAACUCAGAGAUGAGAAAAAUCUAAAUCUGCCCCCAAAGCUCCUCCCCCCCCCUCCUCCCGGUCCUCCAGUUGCAGCUGAAGAAAAAAACGUGGCAGGUAAAGUAGACGAAGCGAUAAAGGCUGUUGCCGAUAAAGUUAAAGAACUUGACAAUGAAUUCCAACGUAAAGUUAGAACGGAGUUUGACAAUGCAGUUAGAAAUCUAAAUUCAUCACUUAUUAGUUUGAAAUCCUUCUCCAAGCAUCUUGCCGCUGACCAUACGGGCAUGAAGGCCAACGUUACUGAGUUAGGUAAAGAGAUUGAUAAAAAUCAAAAAGCAUUUCAGAAAUUCAUCACGGCCGUUAUGGAUGCCAAACUGACAGAGAUGAUUCAGGAGGUCAUCAAUGCAUUGUCCUCGGCAAGAACACAGAUCAUCGUCCACAUAACAGACAUCACCGAAGAAAUAAAACUAAAAUCCACCACCGCCGCCACCUCCAUCAAACGCCACGCCCUCUCCCAGUUCGCCGCGUCCAAGGCCCGCGCGCUCGAGAAGCUCAAGCAGCUGGUCACUGAGAAAAACGAGGCGAUUGCUGCGAUCAUCCAAAAGGAUUCAGACAGCGGGCUGAAGGGGAUGAUGAAGUGGAUGAAUAACAACAAAAGUCAUCUGCAAACAAUUCAAGGUCUUGUAACUCCGCAAUCUCAGCCAAAUAAAGACGAUGGACAAAAAUUCCGGGAAAUGUCCAAAGAGUUCCAAGAUUAUGUCGCCGUUAUUCUCCAAUACAUCGAGUUUCAGGUGAAGACUCCAAUUCCCGGCAAGCUUGAACGCAACUCCAACGACCAGUCUGAGAGAGUCAAGGACAUCAAGUCCAUACUGGACAAUUUGCUUGGCUACCUCAAAAGCACGGACAAAAUAUGUCAUUUUGAUCACAUUUCCACGUCUUAUUUAGAUGCUCUUAAUGCGUCUCUCCUGAAACUCUCCCCCUCAGCGUUCCACGGCUUCCACAAUCCGCUGCUCCUCGACGCCCUCAAGGCCGGCAUGACCAAAUUCACCGAGCAACUCUCCCGCGCGUACGUCAACAGGUACAGUGGGAAAACGUUUGGUCCCUUGACUGAACACAAAACUGUUACUGACACCGAAAAAACACAGGGCGUAAAAUCUCCUGUCACUAAAAAAAUUGAACUCCUCUCCACCGAGGGCCGCAACUGCGCCAGGGUCUGCCUGACCGUACUGGAGACAUUGUUUUAUGACUUUGAAUCUUUAAGUAAAUUGUUACCAGCAAAGAAUGCUGAUAAGAUUAAUUCAGGUAAUAGCAUUGGCAACUUUUUUUCUGACCGCGGCUACAAGGUGGCCACUAAGGCUGGCGUCCAAGACGGUGAAUUAGACAAUUCUGAUAAGACAAACGCGCAGAAAAUUAAUCAGUUGCGUGAUAGUAAAAUUAAUGGCGUAAGUAACGGCUCCGACAAGCUCCACGAAUUAAUCAAUAGGCUAGCCACAGACCUUGUUUCCUACUACAACGUAUGUCACCUUAAUCACAUCACAUCACCUAGGGCGCCCACCACUGUCAACGAAAUGCUUCACUGGCUUGCUGGGCUCUACUACACGCCGAUGUAUGAUAAAUUGGCUGGUAAAUUUGCAGGGUUCUUCGAUGUACCCGAAGGAAACGGCACAACAGUAAGCAAGGCCAUAGAAGCCGCUGUGCCUGCAAGAAGAAGCGAAAGGAUGCUCCGAGAUCUUACCUUUAAAGAAAUGUCAGACCUAUUCAACAAUAUUACCAUCCGCCCAUAUCACAUAUUAGUUACCAUCCUUGGCCACGGCCACGCAGGCGGCCGGUAUGCCUGUGACUUCCUAACAAACCCAGAUGGUUUAAAUUAUCCAACAGACGUAAAUCAAUGCUUCGACCUGCUCGUCGAUAUAUGUCUUAGACUAAAUGAACAAAUCCUUUUCCUAUUUAAGCAGUGCCAAAAUGGCCCGGGCAGUAGUGGUUGGCGUGAUUGCUUGUACGGUCGUGGAGUAGGUGGUUCUUCGUGGAACUGCAACACUAUGCAAUGUCCGAACCAGAAUGGUAACCAAAAACACAACCAAAUGUGUAACCAAAAAUGUGACCAAAGUGUUAAGUGCGGUCUGAAAUCGCCUCUGCAAUCUUUUUUGGAAGAUGGACUGCAAGGCUUCUUGCCGCACCAAUUCACCUCUCCCGGCUGUAAGCUGGAAUGUACCGUGUCCAAUCACAAAGGACUUCCAUGUAAGACUCCAAUGGGAUUUAAGGACCUAAGUCAAAUAGCUUCACGCAAUGGCAGUGGCCAGUCUAUUAAGGAUGUGCUUGAUCCGUUCUGUGGUACAAGAGAGUGCUCACUGAGCCUAAUUUGUUCCUAUUUCGUAUACUUGCUGCGUCGACCCCCUCAGACUCUCGGUGACAUGUUCGCGUUCUAUUAUAAUAUCCUUGAUCACUGGUGUGCUGAGGGGAAACAAGAAGAGCAUAGGCGAAAAGCCUUUGAUGAUGCCGUCAAGAAAGCCAACUUGGGACGUCCUUAUUUUGAUUUGGACAUCACUAAAAUAUUAGGGUCGAAAAAUCAUAGGGCUGACAACCACCCCAAGGGUGACUUGUUCGGUCUUUUGUCUUGUGAUCCAAAGGAUGCUCCGUCACUGCCGUGCGGACAAUACUUACAAUCAAUGAGCGAUGACAUUCGGCUGUUAUAUUCUAAAGAUUACGCCGACAAUUAUCUCUCAUGGGUUGUCUACAUAACAGAGACAUUUUACGAAUUACUUAAGAAGUUGUAUUCCGAGUGUUGCCAAAAGUGCAAUACGCAGGGCACCAGGUGUUAUGAAAAGUGCUGUGCUGCUGAAUGCAGAAUAAAAGCCGCUUAUAAGGCGAUAGGGUCCAACAGUGAGGAGACACAACUCAAGAACCUGGAUGGCAAAAAUCACAAGGAAGAAUGCCAAUCCAUUGUCAAAUGUCAAAAUACCCAUCCAACUCUUUACAAAUAUGGAUUUACCUUCGGAAGCCCAUGGAACUUAAGUGGCAAAAGCAGUGAUCCGAAUCAAAAAAGAACGUGUCAAGAUCUCUGCCAGGCAUUGGAGACAGUAUGUCAUGGACGAUCACUGCUUGCCGACCUGGUCAUUAACAAAAUUCCAGCAUUCUUGUGGGAGAUAAGAUACAAAUUCUUCUACACGCUUGUGGCCCUCUGGUCCCUCUCACUGCUCUACCUGCUGCACAUCACCGUCGUCCGCCUCGACGUCCUGAGGAUACGCUCCCACCUGCGCUCGCCCUCAAGCCACCGCAUCGCCGCGCAGUCCCUCCUCGCCGCCGCACGCGUCAAGGCGCUCGCCAACGUCAAGUACUUCUCACCGUAA